AUGCCUUCUUUCCAAUCCAUUCUUUUGGGCACGCUUCUUGCUGCACCAUACGCAGCAACCGCUGUGUUGUCUACUACAACAAUUCCUGCAAGUUUCACCCAAGUCGUCCGUGCCCGGGCCACUCCCACCCCACCAAAAUGCUUCCAAGUAAAGGGUAACGUGCAAUAUACCAAAGGCACUCCAGAUGAGCAGGUCAGCAAUGGCUGGCAGGUGCUUCUCGACGACGGUCAGGUCAUUUGCGACAAUGAAGGCGCGGAAUCUCCUUUGAAGGGCUCCAAGAUCAAUUGCUCUGGACCCCCGGGUUUCACUUCACAAACUUUCGAAUGGUCGUGGCCAGAUGUGAACGGUCCUCUGACGGCCUCCUAUUGCUACGAUCUUAACAACGCGAAUUGUGCUAGUAAUACCCUUACCCAAGGACAAGGUUGGACUUGCACAGAGAACGGAGCAAGUUUUACGUGUGAGGGAGAAGUACAAGUUUGCGGAGGAGCUCAGUAG